GAAUGGUGAGACACCCUUUAUCCAAGAGUGCCAACAAAUACCUCAGAAAAUUCAGAAAAUGGCCACACUCUCCUUACAAGACUUCAUGGCACCACAAUUUUGGUGAAGAACAAGCUAUGCAAAUCCUCAAACAAGCAACUAUUGAAAUGCGUUCUUCCCAACAAUCCCAAAGACACAACCUUCACUACCCUUUUCUUCUCUCCACUCUUCUUGAUUCCUUCAAAGGUUAUAGCUGUGACCCAACUCCAAAAGCUUACUACUUUGUCUUCAAAACCUUAACCAACACUUCCCAAUUGCAGGACAUUCCUCCUGUUCUUGACCACCUUGAGCACAUGGAGAAGUUUGAAACACCUGAAUUCAUCUUUGUGUACCUUAUUAGGUUCUAUGGUCUUGCUGACAUGGUCCAAGAUGCUGUUGAUUUGUUCUUCAGAAUCCCUAAGUUCAGGUGCACACCAACUGUUUGUUCAUUGAACUUGGUUCUCUCACUGCUUUGUAGGAAGAGAGAGUGGCUCAAAAUGGUGCCCCAGAUCUUGUUAAAGAGCCAGCAUAUGAAUAUUCGCAUUGAGGAAUCAACUUUUCAGGUUUUGAUCAAGGCCUUGUGUAGAAUUAAGAGGGUGGAUUAUGCUAUUAAGAUACUGAAUUUUAUGAUAGAAGAUGGGUAUAGUUUGGAUGGGAAGAUAAGUUCUUUGAUAAUAUCAUCAUUGUGUGAACAAAAGGAUUUGACCAGUGUUGAGGCUUUGGUUGUUUGGGGGGAUAUGAGAAAACUAGGAUUUUGUCCUAGUGUCAUGGAUUGUACAAAUAUGAUUAAGUUCUUGGUGAAGGAAGGGAGGGGUAUGGAUGCUUUGGAGAUUCUGAACCGGAUGAAAGAAGAUGGACUUAAACCUGAUAUUGUUUGUUAUACUAUGGUCUUGAGUGGGAUGGUAGCAGAGGCGGAAUAUAUGAAGUUAGAUGAACUGUUUGAUGAAAUUCUUGUAUUUGGACUGGUUCCUGAUAUUUAUACUUAUAAUGUGUAUAUAAAUGGUUUGUGUAAGCAGAACAAUGUAGAUGAGGCACUUCAGAUUGUUGCUUCUAUGGAUGACUUAGGAUGCAAAGCGAAUGUGGUCACUUACAAUACUUUAUUGGCUGCCUUGUGUUUAGCAGGGGAUUUAGGUAAGGCAAGGGGGAUAAUGAAGGAGAUGGUGUUGAAGGGUGUUGAGCUCAACUUGCAUACAUACAGGAUCAUGCUUGAUGGUUUGGUUGAUAAAGCUGAGCCUAGUGAAGCAUGUCUUCUGUUGGAGGAAAUGUUGGAGAAGUGUUUAUAUCCUAGAUCUUCAACAUUUGAUAAUAUCAUUUUUCAGAUGUGCCAAAAGGGCUUGUGUACUAAAGCUGUGGAAUUGACCAAGAAAAUUGUUGCAAAAGGUUUUGCCCCAGGAACCAGGGCUUGGGAAGCAUUGCUUCUUAUCUCCGGAUCUGAACUUAGGUACUCAGAAACCACAUUUUCUGGCUUGUUGAGUCCAAAUUAAUAUCAGUUAUUAAAUUGGCUUGGGUGAUAUAUCUGAUUUGGAAGUUU